AUGCUUGCACGCGCCGUGGUGGCCUUUGUUGGCUUGCGGAACAAGUUGUCAAAAAAGCGAAAUCAUCAUAAAGAUCAAAAAGGUUCUGAUAUUGUAUCUUCUGAUGUUGAGGGAGAUUUAAGCUCAACUCCUAUUGCUAGUGGUUCACAAUCUGAAAAUUCAAAAGCUAUCAGUUCUGUUAAGAUAAAAAGUGAGGAUGCUAGCAUGAACAUAAAUGAAAUUGAGUCUCAUAAGCCUAUUGCCUUUACCAAAGAACAACACGCCAUAUGCGCCUAUCCUAAAAACUCUAUCGAUAAAUUAGAUCAAAACAAUUUAUCAAAUAAAAAACUCGACAGUGAAAACGUGUCGCAAAAUACAUCGAGUGCCAAAUCUUCGAAGUCAAAAACUGAUUUGAAAAUCAAGACUCAUUCGAAUUUCGCUUCCAAAAGCGAUUCUAAUCUUGUUAGUAUGCAAAAGCAUUUAAAUAAUCAAUCUUCGUCUUCUGAAUCCAAUGCAGGAUUAUCUUUAUCCUCAAAUUCUUCACCAAGAAAUUCAGUAAUUUUGGACCAUGGUCAACCUUUAGCAACCCCAUUACCUAUGGAAUCUACAUCUAACUCAUUUACAUAUUCCAAUGAUAUGUCAUCAUCUACUCGACGCACUCUUACUUAUCAAGGGGAAUUUACUAAUACAAAUUCUGCAGAACCAAAACGAAAGAGCUUGAUAGUUGCUGAUGAUGUUGUGAUUAGCAGUAUUGUAACAUCAGCAACAAACCUCGAUGAGAACAAAAUUAAUCCCUCCAAGGAUACUAAUAAUACCUCAAAGGAAGUACAAAGCCCAAUUAAGCAAGCUAAUGAUCCUCGGAAACUAAGAAGACAAUCUACUUCAUACCCAAAUCAUAAGAAAUCUACAAGUGAUGGUAUUUAUAUUGAUAAAUCUCUUGCAGAGGGUACGCCACUUACUAAAGUAUCAGCAAAGAAGCAGCGUUCGCGCAAUUUUAGAAUCGAUGUUGACCAAGGACGUAUUCUAUGGGAUUCAAGAAAAUCCGGAAAAGUAAACAUCGAGAAUAUCAAAGAGCUUCGUAUUGGAGAAGCGGCACGAAAUUAUAGAGAGCAUUUUAAUCUGAGUUCAGGGGUUGAACCUCAAUGGAUAACAAUAAUAUACGUUGAUUCUGGCAAAUAUAAAACACUUCAUCUUAUCGCUCCUUCAUUAGAAUCAUUCCGUCUGUGGGUAACUACAUUGGAAAAAUUAUACCUACAUAGAAAAGAUAUGAUGGGUGGUCUUGGACAUAUGAGAAGGAGGCAGUCACUUUGGCUCAGACAACAUUGGAAACAAGCAGAUAAGGAUGGAAAUUCUAAAUUGACAAUGGACGAAGCUGUGAGACUGUGUCGUCAAUUGAACAUUAAUCUGUCAAAAAACCUGUUAAAAGAAAAGUUUGACGAAGCGGAUGAAAAUAAACGUGGCGAGUUGGAAUUUGCAGACUUUCAACGAUUUGUCAAAUUAAUAAAGCGUAGACAAGAAUUGGAAGAACUUUUCGAAUCAUUGGCCAGAACUAGCAAAGAUGUUUUAACCUUGGAUGAAUUUAAAGAAUUUCUAAUUAAAGAACAAAGGCUCAAUUUGGCCGAAGAAGAUUAUAGUUCUGUAUAUCAUAAAUUUCUCGAUAAUGAUCGAAAAGCUAUGACACUUGAAGGGUUCAACAGUUUUCUGCUGUCGAGUGAUAAUCCGGUUUUCUCUCCGGAACACUCAAAGGUUUUCCAAGAUAUGAAACAACCUUUAAAUCAUUAUUUUAUUGAUUCUUCACAUAAUACAUAUUUAUUGGGAUAUCAAUUGAAAGGAGAAUCUUCAAUUGAGGGGUACAUUCGUGUAUUACAGCGUGGUUGUCGUUGUGUAGAAAUUGAUUGCUGGGAUGGAACUGACGGACCUGUUGUAACGCACGGACAUACCUUAACAUCAAAGAUCUCAUUCCAAGAAGCAAUAUCUGCCAUCCGCACUUAUGCAUUCAAAGCUUCUCCAUAUCCUCUUAUUCUCUCUCUAGAGAAUCAUUGUUCUAUUGAACAACAGAUUAAAAUGGCCCAGAUCAUCCGUAAGACGUUGGAAGGUUAUCUUAUUACAGAAUAUUUAUCUGAAAAUGAAACAGCAUUGCCAAGUCCAGCAGAUUUGAUGUAUAAAAUUCUGAUAAAGGGAAAGAAUGUUCCUCCAGACAAUUCCGAAGAUGCCUCGUUAGAUUCUGCCACGGAUACUGAAUCGGCUACUGACACUGAAUCAGACGCAGAAUCAUCAAAAGCAAUCAAAUUCAAAGGAUUCGAAUAUCAUCUUGAGAAAUCAAACUUUUGUCAGAUGUCGUCUUUUUCUGAAAAAACUUCCCUGCGAUUGGGAAAAACAGAGAAACUUGCCUUUAUUCGUCAUAAUACUCGUCAUUUAUCACGUAUAUAUCCAGCGGGGACACGCAUUAGAUCAUCAAAUUACGAACCUCAUCACCAUUGGAUGGCCGGAAGUCAGAUAGUGGCAUUGAAUUGGCAAAAAUUUGAUCUUGGUAUGCAAAUAAAUCAAGCGAUGUUUGCUAUUAAUGGAAGAUGCGGAUAUGUUCUGAAACCAGAGAACUUGAGAAAUCCUUCAAUUAACUCUUCUGAAUCUUCUUUAACCGAAAAACCUGCAAGGAUUUUGAAAAUUGAGAUUAUCUCGGCACAGCAGCUUCCAAGACCUCGGGAGCAAACAAAAGGAGAUAUAGUCGAUCCAUUUGUUGAAGUUGAACUGCUUGUUCCUGGCGCGGAAGUCCAAAAAUUUAGAACAAAAACAAUCGAUGAUAAUGGAUUCAAUCCCAUAUGGAAAGAAACUGCUUCUUUCCGCGUUAAUUCUAAUGAAUUAGCAUUGGUAUUCCUAAGAUUUAAUGUUUAUGAUGAAGACAUACGUAAUAACGAAUUCAUUGCUUCUUACUGUCUUCCUGUGGCUAGUUUACAGUCUGGUUAUCGGCACCUCCAACUCAAUGAUGGAAAUGGUGAACAAUACUUAUUCACCACGUUAUUUAUUCGCUCAUCAUUUCUACCUGAUUCCCCAAGCCACGGAAAUAUAUAG